CUUGAUGCCCCAAAACUAGCCGUCACUUCCAUCCCUUCUCCCUCUCCUCUUCUCUCAAUCCCCUCUCCCUCACGGCUCACAAAACCACCAGCUGCCGCCUCCUCCGUGACCACCAGCACCAGCAGCAGGCAACGUUUCCCUUCCCCUGCAGCAGCCAGACACGCCUUCCCUUCUCCCUCACUCCUCACGGUAGCAGUAGCGCCGCUUCCCCACCAGCAGCUAGGCUACGUCGUGCAGCCCGUGGUCAGCAGCUAGGCUGCGUUUGGACCCUUCAACCACCACAACCUUCAUCCAACUCUUCACCAUUUUUUUUACUAGUUUGAACUUUGUGCCCAUUUCGUAAGUGGAAAUUAGAGCCUUAGGUGGGGUGAUUUUGUGACUUUUGAUCGUGCGGUGACGCUUACAGCUUACUAUUAGAUAUGGCGGUAGAAGGAACUAAAGCAUCAAACAACGAUCUUCAUGCCCUUCAAUCUAUCUGUUACAAGCGAGGUUCUCUCCAACUCCUUGAUCAGAGGAAGCUUCCAUUGGAGACUGUAUACUUGGAUAUUCAAAAUGCUUCCGAUGGAUGGUUUGCAAUAAAGGAAAUGGUGGUUCGUGGAGCACCGGCCAUAGCUGAUGCAGCCGCUCUUUCGUUGGCUGUGGAAGUAUUUAAUCUAGAGGCAUUUCAAGGGUCACCUGAGGACGCUGCUUCUUUUCUUGUACAAAAAUUGGAUUAUCUUGUCUCUAGUCGUCCAACUGCAGUGAACCUUUCUGAUGCUGCCACAAAACUUAAAGAGAUUAUUGUGAAAGCUGCCUCCACCUGUUCAGAUCCAAAAGUUGUCUUUCAGACUUACAUAGAAGCUGCUGAAGCUAUGCUUGAGGAUGAUGUUGCUUCAAACAAAGCAAUUGGUUCUUAUGGAGCUCUUUGUUUUGAAAGCCAGUUGAAUGAUUCCAAGAAAAUAUCCAUUUUGACUCAUUGCAACACUGGGAGUCUUGCAACUGCUGGAUAUGGUACUGCACUGGGGGUAAUUCGUGCAGUUCAUGCUCAGGGAAUUCUUGAGAGGGCUUAUUGUACGGAAACUAGACCAUUCAACCAAGGGUCUAGGCUGACAGCUUUUGAGCUGGUGCAUGACAAUAUACCAGCUACACUGAUAGCAGAUUCUGCAGCUGCAGCAUUAAUUAAAGCUGGACGUGUUCAAGGAGUCAUUGUAGGUGCAGAUCGUGUAGCUGCAAAUGGUGAUACUGCUAAUAAAAUCGGAACUUAUAGCCUUGCUGUGUGUGCUAAGCAUCAUGGCAUUCCAUUCUAUGUUGCUGCCCCUCUUACCUCUGUCGAUUUAUCCUUGCCUUCCGGAGAACAUAUUGUCAUCGAGGAAAGGUCUCCAAAAGAAUUAUUGAAUACUCGUGGUGGACUUGGAGAACAAAUUGCAGCGUCCGGGAUUUCUGUUUGGAAUCCAGCUUUUGAUGUUACACCAGCAAAUUUGAUAACUGGUAUCAUCACAGAAAAGGGUGUCAUCACAAAAACUGAGAAGGAAGUUUUUGACAUAAAAGGUUUUGUGCAAAAGGUAACAGCUCAGUGAAUUUUUGGAGUCGCCACUCGCAAGUGACUUCGAGAAAAAAAGGUUUAGGAUGGAGUAUGUAUAUUUUAUCGUUUUUUUAUAAUCAAGCAAAAUAACAUCCAUGGUAUUUCGCAAAAUUGAAAUAAUUUUUUCAAUAUUUCUGCAAAUUAUGAGCUCCAAUGGAGAAUUUCAUCGGUGUGCAGCAAAUUCGGACAGUUGAACAAGUUCAUAAUGCUAAUAACUUGGAUGUAUACCUCCAAUAUUGGUUAUAAAUAUUAUAUCAACAAAUAUUUGAUUUUUGAUCCCAACAUGAA